UUUUUAUUUUCGAGAAUACUGACUGGUGCUUGGUACGCCGUUCUUUAUGGCUCUCCAUGUCAAGCUGCUGCUGCGGUAAGCUAUUCAAAAUCUACAUACUGAUACUCCAUCGAGUCUGGAUUUGACUUGAUACUUGUUGACAAGCUUGUAUUAGGCUUCUUAAGGCCAUGAGCAUCAAUUCAUUGCUUUUGUUUAAUACAAGUCACGUGGGCAUUGUCGUGGGGAUCUAGCGAGACCACUCCAUCGUUGUGGUGCUGCCUUUUGGAAAAGAGGUUUUAUUAAAUUAGUCUUUCCUCCUUGCAAUAUUCUUCUUUUCUACCUGUUCACAUCACCCAUGACAGUGAGUGAGCAACUGAUAUGACUUCGAAUCUUACGAGUCUGAGCAAUCUUCAUCUAAUACGUUGUUUUUUGUUCUGAAUGCAAUACUUUCCAUUUUACUAUGUGAGGUAUUUAUUUAUAGGCAUCUCCAUAAGACAAACAAUCAAAUCCACCUGCCACUGUGUAACGUGGCCGCCUUUUUUUAGUUGAAAGUAAACUGUAAUUUGGCUGUGGCUGCUAAUAUUUUUACCUUACAAUGGCAUAAACAGUACGGUUUAUCUUUAUACUUUGCUGUUCUUUUGAGCCACAACUAGUGUGAACUCUCAGAGUUGACUGAGUCCCACUUGGUACAAGUCCUUCGGGGUACGUUGACAAGUCAUAUAUGCAUGCUCAAAUGGGGUUUCUCGUUGUCGUUGGUGGAGUCGGCAGUCAGCCAAUCAAGUGAGCCUUCAAUACAUCGUCUCCUUGUCAUCUUCCUUUGCUGCAUUGACCUCACCCAAGUCUUCGUCUUCCUUAUCGCCAGCUGCCAGCUGCCUUUCUUGUUCAGAAACAUCCUUUAAUAAUCCUUGAAUCAUCCAGACAUCUUCUCCAACCAAAGAAUCCCUCUGCCUUGGAUGUAAGGUUAGGGGCAAUUAACCUGGGAGGCUGAGGUUAACAACCUGUGUUGAAGAGCAAGCAGUCAUAUGGCAAAUGGCAAGCAGCCCGAGCUUGUCAUUGCUCUGCCCAGCAUAGCUCCUACUCCGAAACGAGGCACUGAUCGCAGUGAAGACAGCAGCACCCAUGAAGGCAGUACAGGGGAGCUUGGAAUGGCCACGGGCAGCACCAGGCAAGAAUCCAUCCAUGGUUCGUCCACCACAAAUUUGUUAGUGCGUAGCCCUGAAUACAAAGCAGCUGUUGAUUUUGAGCUGUUGUGGAGACUGCGGAAGUAUCUGGUGCUCCUUGGAACCUUAGCUGUUAGUGUGACAUACAAUGCUGGGUUAACGCCACCAGGGGGAUUCUGGACACAGAAGAAGGACGGGCAUGAUGCCGGUGACCCUAUCCUUCGCGCUAGGUUCUUCCUGCGGCAUGAGGUAUUUUUUUACUGCAAUGCAACAGCAUUUGCUGCAUCUCUUGUGUUAAUCAUCUUGCUUCUUAGUAAGCAUGUGACCAGGCAGAAGUUGUGGCUCCGUUCAAUGCAAUUCACUAUGAUACUAGACCUAUUCAGCUUGAUGGGGGCCUAUGCUGCUGGAAGCUGCAGAGCAGUAAAGUCAUCCAUUUACAUCUGGGUUCUGGUCCUUGCUGUUUUCGUAUAUAUUGUGAUUCAUAUACUCUUAUACAUAAGAGUUGUUCCAAAAUGGCUGAAAAAUAGGGUGCAAUCUGCACUGCGCCAGAUUCUACGCAAGUGGGGUGUCCAUGAGGACCAAAGGAGCAUCCCUCAAAUCGAAGAUGUUGAGGAGGCUCGCAAGUUCAUGUUGAUGCUUGUGACUUUUUGUGCAACUAUCACAUACCAGGCAGGGUUGAGUCCGCCGGGUGGUUUUUGGGCUGAAAAUGAGGAAAAUCAGGAUCCAGCUACUUCGAUGCUUCGCAGCAAAAACCUUGCUCGUUACAAUUUUUUUGUUAGUUGCAACUCAACUUCCUUUGUUGCUUCUCUGGUCACCAUCAUACUGCUUCUGAGCCCAGAAUUGAGCAGGCAUGGCAUAAGGUCCAGAGCAGUGAGUGUCUGUGUUGUAGCUGACCUAUUGGGCCUGAUGGGAGCAUAUGCUGCAGGAAGCUGUAGAACUGUGGUACAAUCUUUCUUUGUUGUUUUCAUUGCUAUAUUGGUGUGGAUCUUCAUUGCACUUCUGGCUGGGUCUUUUGUUAUCAAACCUGUUGCAGACUGUCUUAGAAACAUCAAAGUGAGCUGCAUGUAUAGAGUUGGCCGGGUCUUUUCACUGGAAUAUGGUAGGAAUAGAUCAACAAAUACAAUGGAGGAGAAUUCAGUUUCAAGUCAUCAGCAAACUGCAGUGCGUGUAACAGAUUCAGCAGAACAAGUUAGUGCUCUUGAACCAGAACAUCAGUCUGCAUACCAUCAGCAAGUUCCAAAUGUCAAAGAAGGUGAGCCCCCCAGAGAGCUUCAAUCUACUGGUGAUGAACAAGAACAAACUGCAACUACUGAAGAGGUUGUGUCUGGCACUGGGCAUACAUUGGCGAAUGACCAACAAUCCAAAAAUGCAGAUAUCCUGUACAACCAAGAAGGCCAAUCUGCAUACCAGUCAGUUGCUAAAGUGGCUUCGUCCAAAGCAGAAAACCUUCAAUUUGCAGAUAUGAAGAAACAGUUUUCAUCCAUAGAUGAUCUCAAGACUUCAAAUAUAGUUGGCAUGUCCCCUGAUCAUAAAUCUAUAGAUACCCAGAAAAUUGCAAAUAUGAUGGGGCAAUCUUCAUCUAUUGAUGUUCAAGAGCCUACAGUCAUGCCAGUUGAAGAGUUUUCCAAACACAUAACAUUGUCCAGGGAUCAUAGUGGAGCCACCAAUAACCUCACUACGGAAAAAGAGUCCUCUGAUGUGCCGAUGAAAACCAAUGAGAUAGAAAUUGUCAGAACUAAUGAAGAUAUUAGACCAAAUGAGAAUGGCUACACUGACAACUAUGAAGGAGCUCCCAGACAGGCUGACAGUAAACAAAAUGCUAGAGGCAAUGUAACUGAUAAACAUCUCAAGAAAUCCCGCACAUAUCUACUACUACUUGCCAUUCUUGCAAUAUCUCUGACAUACCAAUCUGGUUUGAAUCCACCCGGUGGUUUCUGGUCAAAACAAGAGAACAAUAAUUUAACUGGUGGUUUCAUCACUAAGGACACUCUUCAUCGGUCAUACCAUUUACCUGGUGAUCCCAUCCUUGAGGAUAAUAACCAUCAACGGUAUAUUGCAUUCUUCUAUUUAAAUGCCAUCGCCUUUGUUGCAUCUGUUGUCAUGAUCAUUAUGCUCCUGAACCGGAGGAUGAGUGACAAGGUUAUGAAACGAUACGCACUGCAGACAGCAAUGAUAGUGGAUCUUCUUUCUCUAACUGGGUCUUAUCUUACGGGGAGCUGUAGGAAGAUGAAGAAUUCCAUCUACAUCUUGCUGUUGUUAUGCCUUGUAUUUGCUUAUGUUCUCAUCCAUGUUUUGAUAGCAAUACAUGUAAUCCCUAAAGGGUGGAAACAGCUUGUGUCAGAAAAGCUUGAGCACCUGUCCUGCAAGCAUUUAUGGCCAAGAAUUGAGCCUGGACACAACCAGGGAGGUGAAGGUAAUGAGAAGAACUGGGAGAGGAGACGUAAGCUACUAUUGAUGCUUGCUGUUCUAUCAGCGACUAUCACAUACCAAGCUGGCAUGAGCCCUCCAGGAGGUGUAUGGUCUGAUAACAAGGGUGUCAGUGGCAAACCUGGCUAUCCAAUCCUUCAGGACAACAAUUUGAAACGCUAUGAUGUUUUCUACUACUCAAAUUCAGUCUCGUUUGUGUCAUCUGUAGCUAUCACAAUACUACUUGUGAACAGGCAAUCCUGUGAGCAUGGUAUCAAGUUUUAUGCGUUGCAAGUAUGCUCAGUGGUGGGCUUGGUUGCCCUCUUGAUUGCCUAUGCUUCAGGAACCUGCAGGAAAGCAAAACAAUCUAUUUAUCUUAUCAUCAUUGCCGUUGCAGUUCUGCUCUCUGUUGUGAUUCAAGUGUUUCUGCUCUCUUCGACACAUAGUACACUGGGAGGGCCAUUUGGCAGAUGCAUGAAAUGUCUACUUGAGUGGUUUUUUGGUGCGACUGAGGCUGUGCAAGAAAGUAAUUCUAACAAGCAAGAAAGUUCAGAUCAUCGUGCAAAAAAGGCUCGGAAGAGGCAUAAGUAUCUGCUGCUGCUUGCAAUUGUCGCAGCUUCUAUCACGUACCAAGCUGGCCUAAGCCCACCUGGUGGCUUCUGGUCUGACGAUGAUGGCAUCCAUACAAGAAGCAAUCCUGUCCUAAACCCCCAUGCUGACUUCUGGUGGUAUAACAAAAGCCAUAUGGCAGCUGGCAACCCGGUCCUUCUUGAUAUUCAUCCUCGGCGCUACAAAACAUUCUUCUGGUUGAACUCUAUCUCUUUCAUGGCCUCCAUUGUCGUCAUCUUGUAUCUCUUGAAUACAUCUAUCUGGAAGAUGGAUGUACCACUUGAAGUACUACACUUGAUCAUGAUAUUAGACCUGUUGGCCCUCGUGACAGCUUUUGCUGCUGGAAGCUGCCGGAAAUUCAGAACUUCAUUCUAUGUCUAUGGACUAGUUCUCGCUGUUGUAAUAUACCUUGUGAUUGUAGUUUUGCUGUCCAAGAGCAUUGCUGACUUUCUAAAGCCAGGGGAUACAAGUGGUAGUUCCUCUCAGAGACAUACUAAGCCAGGGGAUACAAGUGGUAGUUCCUCUCAGAGACAUACUAAUGGUGCGUCGGGAACAGAACCCCUGAUAAUUGAACAAGAAGUUUGAAGAUCUGUUUUGCAGUAUUAUCUGAAUGUAGUGGCUGCAUUUGGUUUACAUGUUCCCUUAGGUUUGUUCAGACAUCUAAUGUAAGUUAAUAAUAAGGCUUUUGCCAUUCCGGAUGAAAUUAUCAACUCGUUCCUUCUUUUGUUCCGAUUCUCUGGAAAUUGUGUCUAUUGUUAUCGUCAUUUCAGUGUCGUAUUGGAGGUGGGUUUCACAUGA